UCCUCCCGCGCUGGGCGGCCGCGGUGAGUGUCCGCGAGGGGCGCCCGCCUCUCAGACCGGCGGGCCGGGGCGGGGACGCCGCCGGCGGAGCGCCUCGCGGGGCCCACGGGGACGCCGUGGCGGCGGGGAGUCAUACCCCAUGUGUUUAUUUGAUAAAUGAGCUUCUUGGCCUAAAAGGGAAUUAAAGAAUGAUGGCUUCCUUCCAGCGCUCCAAUAGCCACGACAAAGUGAGGAGAAUAGUUGCAGAGGAGGGUCGUACAGCAAGAAAUCUAAUCGCUUGGAGUGUUCCACUAGAAAGCAAAGAUGAUGAUGGAAAAUCUAAAUUUCAAACUGGUGGAAAACCAAAGAGGACAAUUCAGGGGACUCAUAAAACUACUAAACAGAACACGGCGGUAGAUUGUAAAAUAACAUCUACACCUGGAGAUAAACACUUGGAUAAAAGUCCCACUAAAACAAGGCACCCUCGCAAAAUCGAUCUGAGAGCUAGAUACUGGGCCUUUCUAUUUGACAACCUUCGCCGGGCAGUGGAUGAAAUCUAUGUGACCUGUGAGUCCGAUCAGAGCGUGGUGGAAUGCAAGGAGGUGCUGAUGAUGCUGGAUAAUUAUGUGAGAGAUUUCAAAGCAUUGAUUGACUGGAUUCAACUACAGGAAAAGCUAGAGAAGACUGAUGCUCAGAGCAGACCCACUUCAUUAGCGUGGGAAGUAAAGAAGAUGUCUCCGGGACGGCAUGUGAUUCCAAGUCCAUCCACAGAUAGAAUAAGUGUGACAUCAAAUGCGCGAAGAAGCUUAAAUUUUGGGGCUUCCCCGGGCACAGGGGCUGCUCCCUGUGUGGCUUCCGCAGGUGUCAGUUGGGCUGACAAGGUCAAGGCUCAUCACUCAGGGCCUGCUGCCUCUUCAGAUGGAGCGCCUGCGCAGUCUUGCCCACCAAUGGCAGGGCAGAAGACUUCCUGCAAAAACGAACGGAAGGAUGCUGAAGGAUGGGAGACUGUUCAGAGAGGGAGGGCUGUUCGCUCACGAUCAACAGCAGUGAUGCCAAAAGUUUCAACACAGGCAUUAAGGUCAAAGGAUGACAGUGAUAAAGAAAAUGUACGUCUUUUGCCGGAUGAAAGCAUACAGAAAGGUGAAGUUGGAGAUGGACCUUCUAACGCCACAGAGGCUCGGCCCAAAGACUCAUCACAUUCAUGUGACCAUCCUCUUACUGACAGAACCCAGUUCACAGCGAGUACACUGGAUGACGUCAAGAACUCUGGCAAUAGUAGUAUCUUACCAGACAGUUCUGUGCGAAGUUCUGAAAUACCUGCUGUUCAAGGGGAUACAGUGUGUGUUUCAGUUAAUCAGCAAGAUGACUCACCUCCUUUGCAUACCAAUGAAGAGAGAUUUCCAGCACAGAAAGCACGGAUAGAAAGUGAAAUGGACUCUUCAGAGAUUUCAAAUUCCAUGGCAGAAGUUCUUGCUAAGAAGGAAGAGCUAGCAGAUCGCCUAGAAAAGGCCAAUGAAGAAGCCAUUGCCAGUGCUAUUGCUGAAGAAGAACAAUUAACUAGAGAAAUCGAAGCUGAAGAAAACAAUGAUAUUAAUAUUGAAACUGACAACGACAGUGAUUUUUCUGCCAGCAUGGGUGGUGGAAAUGUGUUUUUCUGUGGUCUGUCUAUGGACUGGAAUGAUGUCCUUGCGGAUUAUGAAGCUCGUGAAUCUUGGCGCCAAAAUACAUCCUGGGGGGAUAUUGUAGAGGAGGAGCCUGCCAGACCUCCAGGACAUGGAAUUCACAUGCAUGAAAAGCUCUCCUCCCCGUCUCGUAAAAGAACAAUUGCAGAAUCGAAGAAGAAACAUGAAGAAAAACAGAUGAAAGCACAGCAGCUAAGGGAAAAGUUACGUGAAGAGAAAACAUUAAAGCUUCAGAAAUUGUUAGAAAGGGAAAAAGAUGUCCGGAAAUGGAAGGAAGAGUUGCUAGAUCAGCGACGUAGGAUGAUGGAAGAGAAGUUGCUUCAUGCUGAGUUUAAGCGAGAAGUGCAGUUACAAGCAAUUGUAAAGAAAGCCCAAGAGGAAGAAGCGAAGGUAAAUGAAAUUGCUUUCAUAAAUACCCUUGAAGCCCAGAAUAAACGCCAUGAUGUGCUAUCGAAAUUGAAGGAGUAUGAGCAGAGGCUGAAUGAGUUACAGGAAGAGCGUCAGCGCAGACAGGAAGAAAAGCAAGCACGUGAUGAAGCUGUCCAGGAACGAAAGAGAGCGCUAGAGGCAGAACGGCAGGCCCGUGUAGAGGAACUGCUAAUGAAGAGGAAAGAACAAGAGGCGCGGAUUGAACAACAGAGGCAGGAAAAGGAGAAGGCCCGUGAGGAUGCCGCCAGGGAGAGAGCGAGGGACAGGGAGGAACGACUGGCCGCUCUCACGGCUGCCCAGCAGGAGGCCAUGGAGGAGCUGCAGAAAAAAAUACAGCUCAAGCAUGACGAGAGCAUUAGAAGGCACAUGGAGCAGAUUGAACAGAGGAAAGAAAAGGCUGCUGAGCUGAGCAGUGGACGCCACGCCAAUACGGACUAUGCUCCCAAACUGACCCCGUACGAGAGGAAGAAGCAGUGCUCUCUGUGCAGUGUCCUGAUCUCGUCGGAGGUGUAUCUGUUCAGCCACAUCAAAGGAAGGAAGCACCAGCAAGCCGUGCGAGAGAGCAGCAGCAUCCAAGGGCGAGAGCUCUCCGACGAGGAAGUGGAGCAUCUUUCCUUAAAGAAGUACAUUAUUGACAUUGUGGUCGAAAGCACAGCUCCGCCAGAGCCUUUGAAAGAUGGAGAAGAGCGGCAGAAAAACAAAAGAAAAGCCAAAAAGAUAAAAGCCCGCAUGAACUCCAGGGCCAAGGAAUAUGAACGUUUAAUGGAAACAAAAAAAUCUGGCUCUGACUCACCUUAUAAAGCAAAGCUGCAGCGGCUGGCCAAAGACCUCCUGAAGCAGCUGCAGGUCCAAGACAGCGGGUCGUGGGCCAGCAACAAGGUCUCUGCGCUGGACCGGACGCUCGGCGAGAUCGCCAGGAUCCUGGAGAAAGAGAACGUGGCCGAUCAGAUUGCAUUCCAAGUUGCCGGUGGAUUAACAGCCCUCGAACACAUUCUUCAAGGAGUGGUCCCAGCCGCAAACGUGAACACGGUUUCCCGAAUUCCUCCUAAGUCUCUCUGCCAUGCAAUCAAUGUUUACAGCCUCACCUGCAGCAACUGCCCGGAAAACUGCGCCGACGUCCUGUUCAGUAACAAGAUUACCUUCCUGAUGGACCUCCUGACACACCAGCUGACGGUUUAUGUUCCAGAUGAAAAUAAUGCUAUUUUGGGAAGAAAUACAAAUAAGCAAGUUUUUGAAGGUUUGACAGCUGGACUUCUCAAAGUCAGUUCUGUGGUUUUUGGCUGCCUGAUUGCCAAUCCACCAGAUGGAAGCGGCCGGCCGGCUACCCCGAAGACGUCGACAGAAGAAACGAAAAACCAGCCCUCCCAAGGCGAUGCCUUUAACAGUCGCGUUCAGGACCUCAUCAGCUACGUGGUGAGCAUCGGCCUGAUCCACAAGCUGUGUGGCUGCUUCCUGUCCGUGCAAGGCCCGGUGGACGAGAACCCCAGGCUGGCCUCGCUGCUGCAGCACGCGGCCGGCCUCCUGCAGGGCGCCUGCGCGCUGUGCUGGGCGCUCACCGGCAGGUCGUACAGCAUAUUCGACAGCAAUCGCCAGGACCUCACAGGGCUGACGGCGGCUCUGCAGGCCACAGACCUCGCGGGCGUCCUGCACAUGCUCUACUGCAUCCUGUUCCACGGCUCCCUCUCGGACCCCGGCACCGCCAGCCCCCAGGAGAGCUACUCUCAGAACACGGUCCAGGUGGCCAUUCAGAGCUUGCGUUUCUUCAACAGCUUCGCAGCUCUCGAUCUGCCCGCUUUUCAGUCCAUUGUAGGGGCAGAGGGCUUGUCCCUUGCGUUCCGGCACAUCGCCAGCUCCCUCCUGGGCCACUGCAGCCACGUCUCCUGUGAGAGCCUGCUCCACGAGGUCAUCGUCUGCGUGGGCUACUUCACUGUCAACCACCCGGACAACCAGGUCAUCGUGCAGUCCGGCCGCCACCCGACGGUGCUGCAGAAGCUGUGCCAGCUGCCCUUCCAGUACUUCAGCGACCCGCGGCUGGUCCGGGUGCUGUUCCCGUCGCUCAUCGCCGCGUGCUUCAACAACGGCCACAACAAGGUCAUCCUGGAGCAGGAGAUGAGCUGCGUCCUGCUGGCCUCCUUCCUUCAGGACUUUGCACAGAGUCACGGUCAAGCAGAGAACCAGUCUUCCCAGCCCAAAGGAAAAUGCCUUGGAUCCCAAGACUAUCUUGAGCUGGCUAACAGAUUUCCUCAGCAGGCCUGGGAGGAAGCUCGACAAUUUUUCUUAAAAAAAUAAAAAUAAAAAAUGUUUUGGUUGGUUCUAUAUUUGAGGACCCUCAUUAAUAAUUUAAAUUGUUCAAACCAACGUUUUAACUGUUCCUUAAGAAACUCUUUUUCACAUGUUUAUACUCUCCCCGUGCUGUAGAUAUGGUGUAUACUUUGAACUAUUUAUAAUGGCUGUAGAUACUUCCACUUGCUAACUCUGUAAGUUGAGUUUAUUUCAUUUAUGCACAACAGUUUGCAUUUUGGUAACUUCCAUCUUAUCUACUUUGCAUUUGUAAUAUGGGUGAAAUUAGGCACAAAAUCAGCAAGUCUGUUUUCUUGUAAUAAAAUAACUUAUUCUGUU